GCCGAACUGGUUGCAGAAAGAGGCAGGAUCCAAUCUUUUGUGUUCUGUAGUAUUUGGAGGAUUGAUUACAUUGUAUUGUUAAUUGAGCUCUGCAAAAUAAGAUCCUGCAAAUCUGCCUGCCUAUAAAUACCAAUUUAAAUUAUUUGUGGCCUGGGGAAAAAUAAACUCUUUUUCAUGAAAUUUUCAUCCAGUUUGUCCAAAACCAGUUUUUACUCAAAAUGGAUGACUAACUAUUCACAAAGCUGUACAUAAUUCCUUAGUCAUAUUUACAAAGCUGUACAUAAUUCCUCAACUCUGUAAGGCUGUUAAUUUAAUACUCUGAUUUCAGGUAAGCUCUGAUCUGCAUAGCCCAGCCUAGCCCAGUCUCAUCAGAUUUUAGAAGCUAAGCAGAAUCAGCCCGGGUUCCUACUUGGAUGGGAGACCAUCAAGGAAGUGCAGGACCCAUAGGCAGAAGUAGGCAAUGGCAAACCAUCUCUUGUCUUGAAAACCCUGAAGGGUUAUCGUCAAUCAGCUGUGACUUAAUGGCAAAAAGAAAAGGUCAGGUCUAGGAACUGGCAUUUGUGGUUACUUGGGAUCUGAAUACGGUUCUUCCAGGUUUAAGUCUAGUGCUCUCCCACUUGGCCACUUUGGUGACUUAAAUGUCAUUUUUUAAUACUUGGCCUUUGAAACUUAAGCAGUUAGGGCCGUUGUGUUCUGCCUUUAUGAGAUCAUUCUUUUCCCCAUAACCAGUAUUGUAGGAACAGUGCUAUAUACUUCAGAGGCAUUCUGGCGCAAAAGAUGUUUGCUAAUGUAUUUUAAAUUGUGAGGGCAAUGAUGCUAGUGGUUUUCAAGUUUUCUCACUAGUGUUCAUAACUGUAAGAAAUUCUGCAGCAGGGGAAUUUAUCAUGGGAAAUAGCUGAUAGAGGCUUCCAGGCAUAAUAAAUAUUAAAAGAAGCCAGGCUUCCCAGAGAGUUGUCUAAUAGAAACAGUUAUUUGUUCUUGCUUACAAUAAUGAAUGAAUGUUAAAGGUUGGAUAUUAACUGACCAAAAGAUACAUUACUCAACUUUUUUUUAUCUAUAGAGAAGCUGACUUUGUCAUAGAUUUUACUGCAAAAGAUAGCACAGGUCUAGUGGUAUCUGAACCAUUGUUUUCAGGGAAUGUGUAAUUGGUUGAGGAACAAUAGAAGGGACACAAGAUAAAACUUCAGUACUCAUUAACAUGUGAAAAAGAAACAUUCCUGGGAUAAUAAUUUCCAAGAAAUCAUACAAAGUAACUCCAUCGCUUCUGAAAUAUGGCUGAAAUAGCACCAAAAGGAUUCCUGGUCUUGCACAGAGGGAAAACAGCGUGGUCUGUCAUCCUGUGGAGCAUUUGAAGCCAUCCAGAUGGCAUCUUCUACUGCUGUGCCUGUAGGUUUUCACUAUGAGACAAAGUAUGUUGUCCUCAGCUAUUUGGGUCUCUUGUCCCAGGAAAAGCCUCAGGAACAGCAUUUACUGCCAACCCAAGAUCCAUCAACAGGCUCCCAGGCUUUAGAUAAGGAGGUUCUGGAGAAAGUUAAAGCAGAAAUUGAGGAAGAAUUGAAACAUCUUGAUGAAGAAAUUUUGGAAGCCUUUACCAGCACAGGAUUUGACUGCCACACGUCUCCAGUAUUCAGUCCUGCUGACCCGGAGACAUCAAUAGAAGACUGUUUAGCUCAUCUUGGAGAGAAAGUAUCCCAAGAACUAAGAGAACCUCUUCGAAAGGCGUUAGACUCCCUACUUAGCAAGCCAGUGACUUAUCAGGAAUAUAGGGAAAGGACGCAGGAGGCAGCAGUUCAUGCCACUGGAUGGAGCAAGGUUUUAGUGCCUUUGGUGAUACUUCAGCAGUUCUUAAUGGAGCUCACAAGACGGGGCCAGGAGCCACUAGGCGCGCUUCUGCAGUUUGGCGUGACCUACCUAGAAGACUAUGUUGCAGACUACGUCAUUCAGCAAGGCGGAUGGGGCACCGUCUUUAGUUUGGAUUCUGAAGAGGAGGAGUACCACGGAAUCAUAGCUGAGGACAGCAAUGACAUCUACAUCCUAACUAGUGACAACUCGGGCCAGGUUAGCCCUCCCGAGUCACCCACAGUGACCACCUCUUGGCAGUCGGAGAGCUUGCCCGUCUCCUUGUCGGCUAGCCAGAGCUGGCAUACUGAGAGCUUGCCUGUGUCUUUGGGCCCCGAGUCUUGGCAACAAGUGGCCAUGGAAACUGAAGAAGUGAAGAGUUUGGACAGCAACGGAGGCGCAGAAGAGAGAAGUGAAAACAACUCUUCUAACUCUGAUAUUGUGCACGUUGAGAAGGAGGAGAUACCAGAGGGGGUUGAGGAAACGUUGCCAUCUGAAGUGGCUCUUCAGACUGAAACUGCAAAGCAGCGGGCCACAGAUGCCCCAGCUCCCUUGCUGGAGGAGGAGUCGGAAGCUGAAAUGGUGCCCAUUAAAGAACCCAGCCUCUCUGCAGCGAUGCCUACUGAACAGCAGAAUGAGGGGAAGGCAUUAGUGGAUCUGGAACCUGAAACUCCAGCAUUGAGUAAGCCUGCCAAGAAUCCAUCUCCUGUAGAGGACAAGGCAGCCUCCAAACCUGAGCGAAUACUGACUCCGGAAGAGGACCUGGAGGCAAGGAAGGAGGGCUACUAUGAAGAAAAGGAAGAGAAGUCCCCCACUGGAGAAGAGAAGCCCAUCCUCUUGCCAGAAGGCAAAUCAAUUCUGCUCUAUGGUGGCGCUGCUGCAGUGGCCAUCCUAGCCGUGGCCGUGGGCGUAGCGCUGGCAUUGAGGAAGAAGUAAUGGACUUAACUCGGAUUCACAUUUAGUUGCAUUUGACUGGGGGUCGCGAUGCUUACUGUUGAUGGGAGAUGUAGGUAACUGAAAGGUGGUGGGGCAGAGGUGUACACUGUAAGGUUUUAAGUCUAGGGACAAUCAUGUUUUUAGUGGACUGGAGCUUCCUGAUUAACAUAUAGGGGUGUCGUUUUUAAAAACCCCGCAGAUGUAAGUAUGUAUGUACAAAUGAGGGAACUGAAUGUUUAUACACUGGAAACUGGAACCUAAAACUCUGGGGGAAUGGGAGAGUUGAUGGCUGUCCCCUGGAGAUUCCCCUUACAUAGCUGCUAUUGCAGCUUUUGGGUUCCCCAUCCACCUCUUGAACGAGAGGUACCUCAGUCCGGUAGCAUGAGGCUGGUCUCCCUUUUUUUCACCUCUGCUUCCUCAGGUCUACUGUGCCGUUCCCAGUUCUCUUUUCAACCCCAGUGGGGUAGAGCUUCUUCAAUACCUCUUUGCUUUCUACUUGUUCUGCUCCCACAACACAUCUUGAGGCCCCAACCUUCAAAAACUCUGCUUCUCUCCAGUAGAAUUCUCUUCAUUCUCUAAAGCUGGGUAGAGGAAGUACAUCUCCCAGCGGUGAAUUAGGAUGCUGUUGUUGGGAAAGUUAGAUAUUCUUAGAGCUCUCAUGUAUUUGUCAUUUCAGUGAUGAUGGUUAAUGCAGCUCUUCUUCCCUUUAAUCCAUGUUUUAUUGCAGUCAUUUUGGUGUGAAAAAAUUUGAUCAUGUUCUUAUGAAUGCCGAAGAUGGAAAUGUUAGUACUGGGUAUUCGUAAGCAAAAAUUACUAUGAGCCUGAGAGUUGAUCUGGCACCAUUUGUGAAAUAACUU